UCGAACUGUGCCGUUUAGGACGCAAAACGGUCCGAGCUUUGAUAAGGAGGAUGGACGAGGGCACCGAGUUAUCUCUGACCAUCGCUCAGAUCGUCCAGCGGCUGAAAGGAAGCCAUUUACACUCCCAGAUAGAGAGACAAGCCAAAGAGUGUUUACAUCAACCCGAUAUAAAACUGGAGUCACUUAAAGAGGACGUGCGCAGUUUUCUCAAAACAUCAGGCUGGGAAAGACAGCUACAGAAUGCAGUGUACAGAGAACUGCAUGUCCAGCUGCCCCCGAGCCAUCCCGCAGCUCCUCCAGAGCAUCUCAAAGAGCCGCUGGCCUACAUGCGCAAGGCACAGGCCAGCUGGGAGAAGCGCGUCCUCAAAAGCCUGAAUAGCAUGAGUACGGAGCUUGAAGUGCCUCUGGCUCGCAUGAGGCCCGCAGUGGAGCAAAAGGAGCUCACCAACAAAUGGAACGAGAUGGGCACGGAUGAACCAGAUUUAAGUCGCUUUCGGCCUGUCUACGCCCCGAAAGACUUUCUGGAGGUGUUAAUCAGCUUGCGGAAUCCGAACCAUGAUAGCAGCGAGGACGUCAGCGUCAGGAGCCACUGGGGUCUCAUCCAGGUUCCCCUCAAUGUCAGGGACAUCCCACAGCUGAGACAGGUCUACUCAGAGCUGAACCUGACCACUGGGCAACUGGGGAUUGAUGACCACGCACACAUCCAUCCAGACUUGUUUGAAAAUGAGCAUGUUCAGAUCGGGAAGAAAGUGGUUGUGGAGCAGGACAGUGCAGCAGCACAGCAGUACAGCAGGCAGGGCUGUCCCACCGGGCUCCGGGCAGACCUGUGGGCCCUCAUUCUGAACUCUACUAACCAGCCACAGGAUGUGAUGCAUUAUGAACAGCUGAUGGCUGGAGUCAUUCAGCAUGACCUGAUGGUGGACAACCUCAUCUAUAAGGAUGUGAAGCUCACCGCCAGCAAUGACGACUACUACUUUGUGUUUGAAGAUUUCCUCUAUCAGGUGUUGCUCUGUUUCUCUCGGGACACCGCCGUCUUGGACCACUUCAAAUACAACAGUGCCACUCCUCCCAAAUCCUACAUCCAGGCAGGGAAGGUAGGAGAUGAGGAGUGUGCUGUUGUUUAUCCUCCCAACGGUGUAAUCCCUUUUCACGGGUUUUCAAUGUAUGUGGCUCCUUUGUGUUUCUUGUACAACGAGCCAUCCAAGCUGUACAGUGUUUUCAGGGAAAUGUACAUCCGCUACUUCUUCAGACUGCACUCCAUCUCCUCCUCUCUCUCGGGUAUAGUGUCUUUGUGCUUGCAGUUUGAGCGGCUGCUCCAGACCCACCUGCCUCAGCUCUUCUACCACCUUCGACAGAUUGGGGCGCAGCCGCUGCGUAUCGCCUUUAAGUGGAUGGUGCGGGCCUUCUCCGGUUAUCUGUCUACUGACCAGCUGCUUCUCCUCUGGGACCGAAUCCUGGGAUACGACUCACUGGAGGUAGUUGCGGUCCUAGCAGCAGCUGUGUUUGCCUUCCGUGCCGAGAACCUGAUGGAAGUGACGUCACUGGCCUCAGCUGAGGCUGUCCUCGCUGACCUUUCAACCCUGAAGGUCAUGCCGCUCAUCCAGAUCUUUCUGUUUGCCACCGCCAUCUGAGGAGCAUGGAAGACGACAAGUGUACGAGUCAUGGUGCGUGCACACCGCUUAGAGGAUAACUACGAAAAUACCACUGUGCAAUGCCAUAACCACACCGACACUUUUAAUCAUCCAUCAAGAAUUAAAAAAUGAUGAAGAAAACCCACACAGACACAACACACUUCAACUUGCUCUGGUUUAAAAGCCAGGCUACUCUUUAGCAUGGAUGCACCAUAAAUAGUGAAUACCCUGUAUCAUGUUAUUAGAUAUUAUACAGUAUUUAAGUAUAGCCAACAGACCAAUAAGGUUAAACUAACCUCCUUAAGCCAUAUGCUCUGCAGGAAAGAUGAUAUGGCAGCGCUUGGAUCAGCCGAAAAGCUCAUUAGGCCACGAGUUGCAUGAAGCAGUAAUUGUAUUGCGAUAGCAGCGUGCCGGAGAGAACAACAGUUACGUCUCCAAGCUUGGCUAAUGAAGUGUUAAUUAGCUGUCGCAAUUUAUCCUGCUCUGUAGCUCCCGCUUGUUAUAACACUGUUAGAUAAUGCUGUCGCUGAUGAAGGAGGAGUUCGGAGGCAUUAGCCAGUGUGUCGGAAGGAACAGCGAAAAGACACAAACUGGAUUAAUACGUAACUUAUAUGAUUAGAAGCUGCUGUGUCUGCACAUCAUUAAUUGUAUUGAUGAAGAAGUUGCACUCUAAAGGGACAUUUAGCACCUCCAGUGCCAGUAUUUAUUGAAUUUCAUUAUGAAUAUUUUAUGCUUGUUUUUCAUUGUAAGAUUUAAUUCCAGAAUGUAUUCACUGGUUUUGUCAUGUUUUUUUUAAACAAUGUACUUUGAUUUAAAUGCAAUCAAAUCAUUUGCUUUAUUAUGUAACAGAAUUCUGUGUCAGUCAAUGCCAAUACUUUUCAUCCAACACAUUUGAAUGCUUAUUGCGACCUCAAAUAACAUUUUUUUUUAAAUAAAAUGACGU